CUGACACGUUGCGCGCAAACAGAGCAGAUUCGCACCCCCAUCACCGAUCUUUUCAAGAUCAAGCACCCGAUCCUCCUGGCCGGCAUGAACGUUGCCGCUGGACCCAGGCUCGCUGCUGCCGUCACCAACGCCGGAGGUCUCGGUGUCAUUGGUGGUGUCGGAUACACCCCGGACAUGUUGAAGGAGCAGAUCGCCGAGCUCAAGGAGUACCUUACCGACAAGAACGCACCCUUUGGUGUUGACUUGCUGCUCCCCCAGGUUGGCGGCAACGCCCGCAAGACCAACUACGACUACACCAAGGGAAAGCUCAACGAGCUGGUUGACAUCAUCAUUGAGUCCGGCGCCAAGCUCUUUGUCUCUGCCGUCGGUGUUCCUCCUAAGUAUGUCGUCGACAAGCUCCACAAGGCCGGCAUUGUGUACAUGAACAUGAUCGGCCACCCCAAGCACGUGCAGAAGUGCCUCGACCUCGGUGUCGACAUCAUCUGCGCUCAGGGUGGUGAGGGAGGUGGCCACACCGGAGACGUCCCCACCACCGUCCUCAUUCCCGCCGUCGUUGACCUCUGCAAGGGCCACAAGAGCCCUCUCACCAACGGCCCCGUUCAGGUCAUCGCCGCCGGUGGUAUCCACAACGGCCAGCUCCUGGCCGCCGCCCUGAUGAUGGGCGCCGGCGCCGUCUGGGUCGGUACCCGCUUCAUUCUCACGGAUGAGGCCGGUGCCCCCACCGCUCACAAGGACGCCGUCCGCACCGCCGGCCACGACGACAACAUCAAGACCCUCAUCUUCACCGGUCGCCCCCUGCGCGUCCGCAAGAACCCCUACAUCGAGAACUGGGAGACGGAGCGCCAGCAGGAGAUCAAGGAGCUGACCGCCAAGGGUGUCAUCCCCUAUGAGGCCGACCUCGAGAAGCUGAUGAACUCCGGCGGCGACGGCGAGGGCAGCGGCAACGGCGGCAGCGACGAUAACGCCUCCGAGGUCGACAUUGACGACGCCUUGGACCAGUUCCGCCCCUUCCUCAUGGGCAAGGCCGCCGCCGUCUGCAACGAGCAGAAGCCCGCCAAGGCCGUCGUCGACGAGUUCGUCACCGACGCCGUCGCAUGGCUCCAGAAGGGAAACAAGAUGAUCGCCAAGCUGUAA